CCACACAAAGAAGUGUGAUAUUCGCUACAAUGGACUUGCACAAUUUUAUUCGUCAACAUAAUUUUGAAGAUUCUGAUUUUGAUGAUAUUGAAAAUGAUGGUGAAGAAGCACAAGAUAUUGAGAAUGAUGAACGAAGCUGGGACGUAUAUGCAAAUAGUUUGUAAUCAGAUUGUUGAACAAAUAUGGGCUGCAAAUCAAUGUAGACCUCGACGUCGUCAUUAAAUAUGCCGUAAUUUUAAUAUAUAUAUAUAUAUAUUUAUGUAUUGUGAAGAUAAUUUUCAUUUAUAUAUUUAUUGUAAUAUGUUUAUAAUUAUUUUAUAUAUUAUAUUUUAAUAAAAUAUGUAUUUUGUUAUAUUUUUUAUAAGUUAAUAACUAUUAGAUUUUUAUUAUUAUUCAUUUACUUUAUGUUACUCUCAUUUACUCCUAUUUAUUCUCAUUUAUUCUAAUUUACUCUAAUUUACUACCAAUCACAUUUUCUUUUUUUUAUUCUCAUUUACUCUAAUUCUCACUUUUUCUUUUCUUCUCAAUUACUCUACUUUUAUUUAUUCUCAAUUACUCUAAUUCUUACCAAUCACAUCCAUUGGUAUUGUAUACAAACCCCACCCAUUCGCAAUCAUUACUCAGAAUUUUUAUAUACAAGUUUUUUUAUUAAAUUAUAAAAAAAUGGAGAUAAGUAGAUAUUUUUUUCCCUCCACCAAGAAAGAAAAAGCGUCACAAAGAAGAUGAGUCACAGAGCAUUUAUCCAAAAUCCGAGUAUGUGUUGGGUGUACUCAUCGUUGUAAACUCGUUUAUGCUCAUGCCUCAGUAUAUAAAUAUUGUGGGUUUUUCUCUUGACUCUUAUCGUCUAGCUACUAUUGUGAGUAUAUAUAUAUCUUCAUCUUCAAGAUCUGAUCAGUUGAACUCUUUAUCGAUGAUGCUUGGUCUUCAAGACAUUUAAACAUAUUUGUCAACACGUGUAUAAAUAUAACGUGAUGGAAAUACAAACUAGCAAAUCGAAAUUUGUUAUGCUGAUAAUUAAUGCACCACCCAUUCCAUACAUAGGCCAUACUAAUAUUCUCUUUGUCUAAUAUUAAUGUGAUGUAACCAUCAGAGCUAUAUCGUGUAUGUUUUGGAGAACAAUUAUUUGCUUUUCUUUUGUAGAAGAAAUCAUUAUACAUAUGCAACCUCUUAUGUAUCACGAACACGAUGCUUUGAACAUGAAUGCAUUGUUCUGCCGCUCUAGUAGUAGCAUUACAAAAUACAUAUAUAAGGUAAUAUACAUUGCAAACUGCACAUCGACUGGAAAAGAUAAGUAAAUUUUUUUGAAGGAAUUGAGUUUUCACAGACCUUAACAUGAUAUAUAUAUAUAUAUAUAUAUAUAUAUGUGAUUUUGAGUGAAUCUAGAAAAUUGUUAGGAUCUCUCAAUUGUUAGUAAAUCAUUUUAUGUAAUUUUCUUGACUUUUUAGAAUUUCCAAACAUAUUAAAAAAAAUAUUAGUAUUUGACUAAUUAUUUUUCUUAUUUUUGUUAUAAUUAAAUUAUGUUUUCUCAUCAUAUUUAAGUUACUCAAGUAAAACAAUGUUAAUUUAUUGUCUAUUUUUUUUUAAUUUUAGCCAUUGAUCUUACUUGAUACAAUUUACACAGAAAAAAAAUUAUAUUUAACUAAAAAAAAAGCAAUUGUAGAAACUCCUAAAUUGUUUUGUGCUGUCAAGGCCUAUUGGGCCACACUUCUCAUCCGAUUUGGAUUUAGGAAGGUUCGAACUCACGAGCCACAAAGCAGAGCCACUUUACCAUAAUGUCCUCUUCAACACUCUAUUUUCAUUCAAAACAUAAAAACCAAAAUAAAAAUAAUAAAUAAUAAAUAAACGAGGAACAAAAAAAAAAAAAAAAAACAAAGCGUCAUAGCUGGGCUAUCCCGCGCAACCUUCCUCCUCUCAGUUCCAAUCUCUCUCUCUCUCUCUCUCGUCUCAAAUUCCUUUCAAUCUCCCUUCCUUAAACUCUUCUCCUCUGACUCCGAUCCGCGUCUCCAACCCGACCCAAAUUCACCAAUGGAUGAACCAAACCCCACCACCACAACAGACGACGCUUCUACUCCAGCCGAAUCAUCAAACCCCUCCUCGCCGAAGCUAUUAACCGCCGGCGAUCGGAAAUUACUGAAGGUGGAGCUAAGAGAAGGGGAGACGACGUACGUUUCUUGGAAGAAGCUUAUGAAGGAAGCUAGCAAUAGCAGGGGGAUUGGUUCGUCUGAUUCGGGCCUUGACCCGCCUCCUAAUUCUAACCCUAAUCUCCAGUCUCGCAUUGCACCCGGUCCACCAGCGGAAGGUGAAACGGCUGACCAACCUCAUUCUAAUCGUUUCAACGCUGUUAUAGAGAAGAUCGAGAGGCUCUACAUGGGGAGAGAUAGUAGUGAUGGGGAAGAGUUAGAUGGUGCUCCAGACGAUGACGAGUAUGACACUGAAGAUUCGUUCAUUGAUGACGUUGAAUUGGAUGAGUAUUUUGAAGUUGAUGAUGCGGAAGUUAAACAUGAUGGAUUUUUUGUCAAUAGCGGAAAGUUAGAGCUGAUUGAACCGUCAACAACUACAGCAAUACCGAACCAGAAACCAAAGAAAAGGCAAAGGAAAGAGUUAGCAAAACCUUGCGGAGAUGUUGCUGAUGCAUCCAGAAAAAAAGCCAAGAUUGCUAAGACGGCUGGGGGGAAGGUAGAUCAAGCAGCUGCCUCUGGGCCCUCUCCGCAGAAAAAGUCCAAUGAUUCAAAGACAGUGCAGGAUUCAGUUUUGGAAAAUGUGAAGCAUAGUGCUAAAGCGAAUCUUCAGCCAAGGAACUCAACAAGUCCAAAGUCAAAGGCAUUUGAAUCUUCUGGCCCUCUUCUUCUGAAGUGCAGCAACAAAGGUACUCCUCAACAAUCUAAUUCACAGCCAAAUGGUUUGGCUAAAUCAACAGUAACCCGUCGGAGUGAAAACAACGGCACUCAUGACCUGGGCAACGCAACGGUAAGCAAACAAUCUGUUCAAAUAACAAAAAGAGGAGGUUCUAAUACUGUCAGGCCUAAGACCUCCUCCACACUUGAGAAAGCCUUCAAAGAAUUGGAGAAGGUGGUCGCUGAAUCAAGGCCUCCUGCUGCCACUGAGAACCAAGAUGCUGAUACCUCAUCCCAAGCAGUGAAGAGAAGAUUGCCAAGCAACGUGAAAUUGAAGCUUGCCAAAGUUGCUAGGCUUGGGCAGGCGAGCCAAGGGAGUGUAUCAGGAGAGUUAAUCAAUCGUCUCAUGAGCAUUGUUGGGCACCUAAUACAAGUUAGAUCGCUGAAGAGGAACUUGAAAAUCAUGAUUGAUUCCGAAGACACUGCAAAUCGAGAAAAAGAUACUAGAUUUCAACUUAUCAAGAAUGAAGUUAUUGAGAUGUUAAAAACACAAGUUCCAUUGAUGGAAUCACAGGCAACUAAUCAAGAAGCUGGAACAUCAGACGAUUUUCAGGAUGUUGAAAAGCCACCUACGAAGAAGAAGUUUGUCAUGGAUGCGGGGCUGGAGGACAAAUUGUGUGACCUAUAUGACAUCUUCGUUGAUGGAUUGGAUGAAGAUGCAGGUCCACAGAUCAGAAAGCUUUAUGCAAAUUUAGCUGAACUCUGGCCAAAGAGGUUAAUGGACAAUCAUGGGAUCAAGCGUGCUAUUUGCCGAGCAAAGGAAAGGCGGAGAGCAUCGAAUGGAGAUCUUGGGAAGGAGAUGGAUCAAGAGAAGAUAACGAAGAGGAAACAGACACAAGUGGUACCAAAACCAGAGGGCACUGCUGCUUAUCCUGAUAAGGCUUCAAGUAGUGGAGAUAAAACGACAGGUACUGUCCCAAGCGCAACCACCACGUCCGUAGUCCAAAUUACAGUGGACUUGUCCCGUGACAAGUCAAAGCAGCAACAUGAGAAACGAAAGGGAGCCUCAAGCUCAAUGGAAGUAAAGGCAGGCAGAAGAAAAACAGAAAAGAAUGUAGAAGAAUCUCACCUAUCCACAGAGAAACAUCUUGUUCUGGCUCCCAAGCAGCAGACACCGGACCUGAACCUGCCAAGCUAACUACUCAGGCUUAGUUUCUCUUUAGACUUUUUUUUUUGCUAGUCAAAGCUUGGCUCUAGCCUUGUCUUUGUAGCAUUCUCUUCUAAUUUUACAUCUAGUUAUAAUUUCUUUGAGGGUGAUUUUAUUGUAUAUUCAUAAGAGAGAGAAAAAAAGGAUAUAGUCAUGCUACAGAUGCAAGCCGCGGAUUGGACCAUUUAUGAACAAAUCUGACUGAAAUUUCCUUUUAUGCU